UCGAACAGCUUAACUUUUCUUAGUAUAUGAAGAAAAUGAGUUGAUCAGUGUUUGCAGAGAGCAAAGCUUCACCAAGGAUGGGCAGUGGAGUCUGUGGCCAGCCACAGGACACGGCUCCGGUGGUCCUCUUUUCCUCCCUCCCGAGGAGUUCCGGGGUAUGGACGGUCCAGUCUCCGUCAGCUUCAACAGCCGACUCUUGCGGCCUUGACAGAGAACUGGCCUUCGCCUCUCGUUGGCGCAAGAGCAGAGGAGCCGGCGGUGGCCGCUACGUUCGAGGCUGCUCCGUUCGCGCACGCAUCGCACGUGCUGGCGGUGGCCGCAACGGCGAUGGCCCUCGUGUGGUGCAUCCACUUCUGCGGCGGCCGCCUUGGAGCCUCCAACUAAUCCCUCGUCUUCGACGUACUGUCAUCCUCGUCUUGCGUCCUUUUCGUAUGUGUGCUAAACGUCACCCGCCUCGGGUCCCAGAAUUCCGGCCCCACUCGCGCGGUCCGGAGAAAUCUUACGCCGAUUUCAGUUACGAUACGAGUCUAUGUUUCCGUUCGCAAUAACAACACGAUCAAACCCGUUCUCCGAUAAUAACCAUCUCCUGUUUCCAUUAUGCUUUUAUAUGUAUAUAUAUGUGUAUGUAAGAAUUUGUGCAUUGAGGGUGGCGAGCAUUACAAGACAGCCUUUGGUGGUGGGAGUGCCGCCGAGCAGGACUUGGAGGAUGGAAGAGGCCGGCGCGAAGCACGAGGCGGAGGCCCCGUUGCGGACAGCAGUGGCGGUGAAGGACGUCGAGGAAGAGAAGGCCCCGAUUCCUUCGCCAGCCGAGCGGAAGCUCGACGACUCUGAUGCCGUCGCCAUCGACGAGAGUGAUGAGGAUGCUUCCACAGAAAAGAGCACAGAGGUUUCAGCUGAGAGUGUUCUUGCAAGGCUUGAAACAGAGAAGAGGUUGUCUUUGAUCAAAGCUUGGGAAGAUAACGAAAAGACUAAGGUGGAAAAUAAGGUUGUUAAGAAGUUGUCAUCAAUUAUGGUAUGGGAAAUCACUAGAAAAGCAGCUGUGGAAGCUGAGCUGAAAAGGAAAGAGGAAGAACUGGAAAAGAAAAAGGCAGAAUAUGCAGAGAAAAUUAAGAACAAGAUUGCCCUGCUUCAUAGGUUUGCAGAAGAGAAGAGAGCAAUGGUUGAGGCUAGACGUGGUGAAGAGCUCCUGAAGGUGGAGGAGGUUGCCGCGAAAUAUCGUGCCACGGGACUUGCACCGAAGAAGCUUCUUGGCUGUUUCGGACCAUAAAAAUUGACGGUGGAGAGGAAACCGAAGGCAACAUUUCACUCUUUUGUGCUCGAAUUCCUUUCUUCUUUGUGCGAAUGUUGUGUUUAUUUAUCUGGGUAGUUAAAUGAUCGGUUGUUCCUUUAUGAGUUGGGUCUUUUUGAAGUGUUAUGUUCUUGCUUAUAAUGCUACU